AUGGGCCUGGCCGCAGCGAGCCAUUUUAUCGUCAAUGUGGGCAGUAGGUUCUCUCAGACUCCGUGUCGCGCAGCCAAAUACUUCAUCUGCUGCCAGAACCAAUAUUGGGAUACUGACCCGUUCACCAUCUUUUCAGUAACCGAAGCGGGACCGAGCGCCUUUGCAAACAUUCGAGAGAACUACUACUACGUCUUUGUCGCGUGUUCGUUCUUCUUCCUCGUUGUCGCCUACUUCUACUUCCCGGAAACCAAACACAAAACGCUUGAAGAGAUCGCUGCUGCCUUUGGCGACAAAGUGGUAUUGUUGACCGAGACCGAACUUGCGGCCGAGGACGAGGCGUUGGGUCACAAAGUGGACGAGAUGCGAGUAGAGAGGGCCGUAGAGGAUGGCCGUGGCUAG